UCUAAACUGACUCAAAAAUACUGACUGUACCUUUAUUGAUUUUUUCAGCGGCGGACACCUGACGUUAAUUGUGAAGUAAAAGUAGAAUUUCUUUGUUAAAUUUAACGCUACUUUGGUUUGUCAGAUGUCGUCUGCCUCAGAACUUCCGCGAAAAUUAGUCUAGUAACAGAGUCGAGACUCCUAGUUUAUUUCCAAACUCCCCAGCGAAACAUGAUGUAUGUUUUAACUUACUAAUCUACUCGUGGGGGAAAAGUGAAACGGACAUUUCAUUGAGGAGUCAGACAGCGUUUCCCUGUGAUGACAGACUGUCUUUUAAGCGCUGAUUGAACUGUGAAUAUCUUUUUAUUGCGGCUUUCAUUAUUCACCACAUCGCCCCACCAGUCUACUUUGAAAAGAGUUUAGCCUAUACUUGUUUUGCCAUUUCUGAUGUGUCCCGGGAGAAAACUGGAGGUUGAGCCUGAGGGACGCCUCUUUAUUAUGUCGCUCUUUUUUACAGCAAGGCUGAAGGGAAAUUGAACAGACCUAAAAAUAAAGUCUCGGUUUCUACUCCACAAAGAAUCAUUUGAACUUCCUACCGCAGAAGCAGAAGGACAUAAAUAGCUCUGACAUGUGGAUGUAAUUUCAGGAAAAAAGGCAGACAGAUGCAGAGAAAUAAAACGCGAACAGGGAACAGUUUGACUCUACAGAACUGUGACAAGGAGACGCCGUGAGAAUAUAUUCAUAACCUCACACGCCGCUGCAACACGAUGUAAAGCAGACGGAGGAGACAUGACUGACUCUAACGGCGCUUAAGUAGACGUGAACAUUAGAGAAAUCCCUUUAAGCCGCCAUCAAUUUGCGUUAACUUUCUUUGUAGGUCGGAAUGGGAGCCACGCUGGUCGUUCACACUUUGGGUUUUCUCUUUUGCGGCACCUUGCUGAGUUUCGUCUAUGGUCUGGUUGAUGCUGAUGAUGUCCUCACAAAGGAAGAACAAAUCUACCUUCUCUUCAAUGCAAAGCGAAAAUGCGAGCGAAUUAUCAAGUCCAAGCAUAAAAUCGGGGAGGGUUACUGCCUGCCAGAGUGGGAUGGCAUCGUGUGCUGGCCCGAGGGAGCUCCUGGAAGGACGGUGUCCACUGCCUGCCCAGAAUACAUCUAUGACUUCAACCACAAAGGACAUGCCUAUCGUCGCUGUGACACCAAUGGGACCUGGGAACUGGCUUCAAGUAACAACAAAACUUGGGCUAAUUACAGCGAGUGUGCCAAAUUCCUCACUCAUUAUAACCAGAAUCAAGAGAGGGAGGUCUUCGACCGACUUUACCUCAUCUACACAGUGGGCUACUCCAUCUCUCUGGGAUCACUUAUGGUUGCGACGGUCAUCCUGGGAUACUUUCGGCGGUUACACUGUACCAGGAACUACAUCCACAUGCACCUGUUUGUAUCGUUCAUGUUGAGAGCCAUUAGUAUCUUUGUGAAAGAUGUGGUAUUGUAUUCUGGUGCUGCAUUAGAGGAAAUGGAACGCAUAACUGUGGAGGAUCUGAAGUCCAUCACAGAAGCCCCUCCUGCCAACAAAACCCAGUUUAUUGGCUGUAAGGUGGCUGUGACUCUUUUCUUGUACUUCCUGGCGACUAAUUAUUACUGGAUCCUGGUGGAGGGCCUGUACCUGCACAGCCUUAUCUUCAUGACCUUCUUCUCAGACAGGAAGUACCUCUGGGGCUUUACUCUGAUUGGCUGGGGUGUUCCUGCGAUAUUUGUGACUGUCUGGGCCAGUGUGAGAGCCACUCUUGCCGACACUGAGUGUUGGGAUUUAAGCGCCGGAAACCUGAAAUGGAUUGUGCAGAUCCCCAUUCUGACAGCAAUUGUUGUAAAUUUUUUGUUGUUCCUGAAUAUAAUUCGAGUUUUGGCAACAAAACUUAGAGAAACAAAUGCAGGGCGAUGCGACACCAGACAACAGUACAGAAAGCUGUUAAAAUCGACCCUGGUCCUCAUGCCAUUGUUUGGCGUUCACUAUAUAGUGUUCAUGGCAAUGCCCUAUACAGAAGUUUCUGGCGUACCAUGGCAAAUCCAGAUGCAUUAUGAAAUGCUCUUUAACUCAUUCCAGGGAUUCUUUGUUGCAAUUAUAUAUUGCUUUUGCAAUGGAGAGGUCCAGGCAGAAAUCAAGAAGUCAUGGAGUAGGAGGACACUUGCUUUGGACUUUAAGAGGAAAGCCCGUAGUGGCAGUAACACAUACAGCUAUGGACCCAUGGUGUCCCACACGAGUGUCACAAAUGUGACCGCACGGGGUCCUCUGGCCCUGCACCUUACCACCCGCCUGGGGCCCGUCACCAUCAACGGCCACCGGAACCUUCCGGGUUACGUGAAGAACGGCUCCGUCUCCGAGAACUCCAUCCCAUCUUCGGGUCAGGAGCUCCAUAUCCAGGAGGAAGAGCCUUCAAAGAACUUCCAAGAUGAAAAAACAACCCCAGUGGUGGAGGAAGAGCGAGAAACAGUCAUGUGACUUUACAAACCUAAACAAAGAUAAUAAAUGUUUUACGUAAUUUGGAAAAUGUGUUAAAGGAUGAGAGAUUCCUUUGUUCCUCAGGAUUCCCUAACAAUUUGGAUUGUUGAACCUUCUCAGAUGAGUUGAACUACAGUGUUACCAGUGAUCAAUCCAAUGGAUCAGUGUCUUUUAACUGAGCCACAAUCUUCUUGCAAAUCUGGACGAUACUAUGGGUACCAGGACCUCUUCACCAGCAGUACUUGAACUAGAAUGUUUGGUGAAUACCUUAAGAUUUUCAAUAUGUGUUCCUGCAUGGUGAACAAACAAAGCUGGUGCUUUCAGGUUCUCAUGACACAUCCAUCAGAUAAAGAAAUAUUGAAUUUGCUCCAGGAUCAAGCCAUAAAAAUGAUAUGGCACAAUGGACCUUGAAUUGUAUAUAAGAAACUCAUAAUAUUUUAAAUACUUUUAAAAAAACUACUUUUUUUUUUUUUUUUUUUUUUGAUCAGCACUAUUGUACUUUUAUUUACACUGCAAAUAGUCCAAACAGAUAGCAUCUCAUACAACUGCCAGUAGGAGCGCUAUUACGGUAGCAGGUUCUUAAAGAUGAUGUGCAGGUUAGCUGAAUGUGAUAUUUCUAUGUCUCUAGACCUUGAGUGAUUGUCGCAUUUAUCCACUGGUUUGUUCGGUGGAUUUGCCAAAUCUUACUAAGCUAUUCUCUAUGGAUGCCAAAUAUCGCCAAGAAAUAACAAAAUAACAAAGGUAAUUCUG